AUGGCCUCUUUUAUUAAUAUUAAUUCGGAUACUGAUGAUACCUUUGAAGAAAUUGAUUUUAAUGAAAUAAAUGAACAAAGUGACGAUGAUAAUAUUAAAGAAAUCACUUAUUUUACCAAAAAUUUAACUGCACAGCAUAUUCAAUUUUCAGCUGUUUCUGUUGAAUAUCCGUCUACUGAUCCUGAAGGCGAAAGUUCUAAUGUUAAUUGUCCAUUUUUUGAUGAAUUUAACAAUGAAAAAAUACAAGUUAUUAAAGAUCAACGAAAAUGUGGAGGAGUUAAA